AAAAUCGGGCAAUUUAUGUGCUAAUGUUUCGUUGUGAUGAUUUAAUCUCAUGGAGGCUUGAUUUGACUGGAAGGAGUCCAAGAUGGGUGUGUCACUGGAGAGAGUGCAGUUGAAAUUUGCGGCAAUAAUUGGAGAACUCUGUAGCGACCCAGAUGUGUUGUCACAGUUCGCAGUGUGGUUGGACCUUCGGCUGGCAGAGUACAAGUUAAGAGGAGCAGUGUCUCUGGUGUGUUCAGGGCAGGAACCCGAUCCUUUGUGGUUGAAAGGCCUGUACAGAAGUAAACGCAAACAUGCAAAACGAACACUUUCUAGUAGUCCAUCACAUCCAAGGACUCUGUCCCCACAGAGGAAAGUACACCAGGUGGUUUCAUCCGUUAAUGACUUCUCCCCUUCUCAGUCUCACCCACUUUCCCCCAUCGUUGUGAAAGAUGAGCCCACUGAGGUGUUUCCAGUCAGCCUACACAUUCACAACAACUUUGCUGCAGAGAGCACAGUUCCGCGGAAACGCCUUUCUGCAGAACCAGCUGGCUUGGACAGCUUUCCAGAGGAAAUUCCUGCCCACAGUACACCCCCAAAACAACAACGGAUUUCCCCUGGGGAACCUCCCACUAAUCAAAGCCUCAUGUCUGUGCUGGGUGAGAUGGCAGAGGGCUCAAAUGACAGUGAGGGCAGCGGUGGGAGAUUUGUGAUAGAAUCUGUCAGUGGCCUUGAUACAUCGCCCCUACCCCCCAGAAAUGAGGAUCUUAAUAGUGGUCAGUCAACAGAGUCACAGUUUACAGUGUCACCCCUCUGUCACAAUGAUUCACAGUCAGCAGUUCUUGAUCAGGGGAUACAAGCAUCAUCAAUUGCUGUGUUCCCGGAAUUGAGGGCGGAAGUGCCCAGCCCGAGGGCGUCAAGCCGAGGGGACAGUGUGGCGAAUUCCACCGUGGAUGUCCGCAGAAGAAAGCAGAGGUUAAGGAACAUAGACGGCAUCCCGAAGAAAUCUGUGACAAAUAUGGUGUCAGCGGUGGGAUAUUUCGAACGCUGGCUGUGGAGCAGUUGCCAUAACGACGCGCGCUGCAUCAAUAACAUCCCUCCUGAGCAACUUGACCCGUACCUUGCGGAAUUCUUCUUCGGCUUAAAGACGCCGAGUGGUCAGGAUUACAACCCGAAAUCACUCCGUGGGUUCCGGACUUACAUCGACAGAUUCCUGAAACACACCGAAUACCCUGUGUCCGUCAUCAACCCACGUUUGUUCCCCCAAACUCACCUAGUCCUGAACCAGAAAAUAAGACAGCUUAAAAAUGUCACAAUAUGACAUAAUAGAAUAUAUAUACGAAAUUGGACUCAGUGGAGAGCAGCAUUAUUAUUCAUUAUGACUGACUGAAUACGUCCAAAUCAAAAUCCCCAUGUGCUAAAAAUAAACAAACCUGGGAUGGUCGAGAUGUAGUUUUUCACGUCCUUGGAGAGAGGCACACGCGGGUGUGUCCAUUCAUUUAAGCUUGUCACCAGAAGAAUCAGUUGGUUUAAUUCGGAUUCUAAUUCCACCAUGCAUGUGGCGACAUAUUUGGGGGAAAAGAGGGUACACUUACACCAAAUUCAUUUUACGUUGAUGACACGUUUUAUUGCGAUUUGCGUUAUCACGUAGGUGAAAGGAUUUUUUAAUAGGGCGAGCAACGAUGAACGAUCGUGUUUAAGUCAAGUCUCGCAUAAGUCAGACCUAGUUGCCGUCCCCUGUUGCGACUUAUCUCUUAGAAGAUCUGAGAAAAACUUCUUUCCGAUCUGCCCCGUAUUUCACCAGUAUUAAUAGCGAUUUCAUGUGUUGAGUAUUAAUUUGAAGCUGGCAAUAAUUUGUGAUUUUAGAAUAUUUUCAGUUGUACAGACCUCAACAAACAGAGGUGGGCACCGAACGUACCAGAAACAUAGAUGUUGGUGCAGAUCUAGCCAGCUGAGUGAACUUUCAUAUUGAUUGUUGAAUUUGUUGAACAUGUAUAAAAGGAAGGAUCUGUUUUAAACCUUUAACUUCGGAUUAACAGGAUAUAUUUAUGUUUGUGCAACCUCAUUGUAAGAUUUCCUUCAGUCUACAUGUAUAUAGGACAACAGUAAAUUCAGUGACAGGUUCACCUUUUUUGUGUAAAUCCAUGCAUACUCAUCAGACAAUACCUGCAUAACCGUAUUGGAAUAUUUGAUGUUUUGUCGGCUAACUGACUUUUACAUGGAGCUGUCUUUUGAAAGGUUAUACUAUGGACGAACAUUCAGAGAGAAAUCAUAUUCCAUCAAAGAUUUGUUCCUCGGAGAGACCAUUGUUAGGAUUCUUCGUGAUGCGUUAGAAGUGUGUUGAUGUGAACGGUGAUGACUUCUGAUGGUGAUUAUGUCAUAACUUCAUUUGACUACUUUAACGCCACUUCCAUCGAAAGAAAUAAUCCACGGCGCACAUGCGCACCAGUAUAUAUAAAUAUAUGCUUGUGAAUUGCUUUUAAAGAAAUGGUGACAAAAAAUGGCAUUCUGACCGUGUCAUACUGCCAACAAUUUACUAUUUAGCUGCUGAAAUCCUACUCUUAUGUAGCAGAUAUCGAACGCAUCAUUUUUACAUUGUACUUAUAAGGCAUGUAAGGAUUUAUAGUUUUAGCUGCGAUUACGUGUAAGUGCAUGUAACUCUAUAAUAGGGGAUUUUCUAGCUCAUACUGUUUUGUCGUUAAAGGUGAAAGAAGCGUUUUCUUCAGGAACGUCCAGAAUUCAAAAAGCGCUCAGCUCCAAAAUUUUGUCUAUCAUUUGUUAACUGUAAAUAACUUUUUUUUUGUAAAUCUUUCUUUCAAACGCCCAUAUUAUAAUAAAUGUAAUCAUUUAACAGUUUCCUAGGAUUUUCGACUGGUUACAUGGUACAGUAGGGUGUUCAGUUAUAUUUAUAGCAACAAAGAGUUCGAACUCGCAAUUCCCCUAUACGGCCUGCACUAUGGUUGUCGUAGCUAUAGUAAAUUUGGAGUUUUUAUGAAUGCAUACAAGUUGUCUGAAACAAGAUUUACCCACGUUAUAUAUUAUUGCUGUUCUAGUUUCUUGUCAUGUCCUCUGUUGUAGCGCUUAUAAGCAUACAUACAUUUGUGGUGCCAAGGACAAAUUCGGCUGUUAAAAGUUUUUUUACUUUGGUGGAAAGAAACAUAAAGGUAGCUAAUAUGUCACCAGUUAAGAUAUAUUUGUAAUUGCAAGACAAAACCCAUAUUUGUGAAUUGGACAUCUGGUUGAUGGAAUAUCGUAUUAUGAAAAAACUAUUUGAUAUCAGUGGUAUGAUGGUAUCAUGUUAGGUGAUAUAUUGUUGAAGUAUUUUAUGUCAGUGGUAUAUAACGGUAUCGUUAUAAUUAAGUGAUAUCACAUCAAGUCAUUUCAUGUUUGUUAUAUGAAGAAUAUGUUAAUUAGGAUAGCGUGUUAGGUGAUGUAGGUUUUAGGUGAAGUCAUUUCUUGUUAGACAUAUCAUAUUUUUUGUUUUGUGAUGCCUGUUAAGACAUUUGGUUUCUAAGUGAUCUACCAUAUAGUUAUAAACGUAUCCAAAGUUCAUACAGUUUGUAAGUAUUCCACGAUCCUUACCUUAUAUAGAGGAUCCGUCGUCGCCAAAGAUUACACUAAUACAACCAGUUAACACACAGUACCAAAUUUUCAUUUUGCUACAUAUGGAUUUCCAGUGCAGUGCACUACCUAUACUUUCAUGGAAUUUUGACUAACUAAUAAUUCUGCUGUCCAAACUGUAUUUCGACAGGGUGAUUAAUUCGUGAAAACUUCCAUGACAUUAUCUAUGUGGUUUACUGCACUUUUUUCAUAUGAUUUAAAUGCUCCCAAUACUGAUAUUUAUUUAUUUAUUUAUUUGAUCGGUAGUUUACGCCGCACUCCAGAAUAUUUCACUUAUACGACGACGGCCAGCUUUAUGAUGGGAGGAAACCGGACAGAAUCCGGGGAAAAGCCACGACCAUCCGCAGGUUUCUGCAGACCUUCCACGUUUCCCACUUCCGGAGAGGAAGCCAGCAUGAGCAUGACUCAGAGCGACCGCAUUGGUGAGGGGGUCCUGUGUCAUUACGCUGCGCUAGCGCGCUGGACAUCUGAGCCACGGAGGCCCCCAAAUGUACUGAUAGGCGCAUGUGUACAUUUAGGCUCUACAGUAAAAGGAACAAGGUUGACUGUUUUGUACUACGUCGAUAGUGAA